UUGUUACUAAAGCUCGAUGUUUUAAAUUGCCACCCAUAAAAUUGAGAACAAUUUAUAAAUUAUAUUUUAUUUUCAUUUUUAUAAAAUUUCGUAGGAAAAAAAAUUGCUUUAAAACAACGUUGAGGGCAAAUUAAAACAUAGGCUAAAGUUGAAUUUCUUGGUGGACGGGAUUUACAAGUAUAAAAAGGUACACGCGAAGAUAUCAUUCACCUUGGGGAUUUGAUUUGGAGGGAAAGCUAAAACCCAAGAAAAGAAAAAGAAAAAUGCCAGUGGCGAAACCUGAAUCAUCUGAUUCCAGAAUCAUUGCCCACAUCGACAUGGAUUGUUUCUACGUUCAAGUGGAGCAGCGGAAACACCCAGAGUUAAGGGGUCUACCUACGGCUGUGGUGCAGUAUAAUGAAUGGAAAGGUGGGAGCUUGAUUGCAGUCGGUUAUGAGGCCCGCAAAUACGGUGUGAAGCGCUCAAUGCGAGGUGAUGAGGCAAAGCGAGUUUGCCAAGAAAUUCAGCUGGUUCGAGUCCCGGUAGCACGCGGUAAAGCUGACUUGAACACAUACCGCAACGCGGGUUCUGAGGUGGUUUCUAUUCUUGCAAGGAAGGGUCGUUGUGAGAGAGCUUCAAUUGAUGAAGUUUAUCUUGACCUUACUGAGGCAGCAGAGACCUUGUUAGCACAAGCUCCUCCAGAAAACAUGGAAGUAGUUGAUGAAGAAGCUCUCAAGUCACAUGUUUUGGGACUUGAUGAUGAGAGUGGAGGUGAUACCAAAGGAAAUGUAAGGAAGUGGCUUUGCAGUAGUGAUUCUGAUCGCCGUGAUAAGCUAUUAGCUUGUGGUGCCCUCAUUGUUGCUGAACUUAGGAUGCAAGUGCUGAAGGAAACAGAAUUUACUUGUUCUGCCGGAAUUGCUCAUAAUAAGAUGCUGGCCAAACUGGCAAGCGGUAUGAACAAACCUGCACAACAAACUGUUGUUCCGUUGUCAUCUGUGGAAGGAGUGCUUGAUUCCUUACCAAUAAAGAAAAUGAAACAACUCGGAGGAAAGCUUGGAAGUUCCUUACAAACUGACCUGGGUGUGUUCACUGUUGGAGAUUUACUACAGUUUUCAGAGGAAAAGCUACAAGAACGAUAUGGCUUUAAUACUGGCACUUGGUUAUGGAAUAUUGCAAGAGGGAUCAAUGGGGAAGAAGUUCAAGGUCGGCUCCUUACCAAGAGCCAUGGUUCUGGAAAGACAUUUCCUGGACCUCGGGCUCUAAAGACAAUUGCUUCUGUUCAACAUUGGCUCAAUGAACUUUGCUCAGAAUUGAGUGAACGUCUUUACUCUGACUUGGACCAAAACAAAAGGAUUGCACGUACACUGACUCUUUAUGCUACAGCGUACAAGUCCUCUGACUCAGAUUCACAGAAAAAUUUCCCUUCCAAGUCUUGUCCCCUUAGAUAUGGGUGUGCCAAGAUACAAGAAGAUGCACUUAACCUGUUUCAAGCUGCACUACGUGAAUAUUCGGGUCCCCAAAGAGCCAAGACCCAAGGAAGUCGGAACCAUGGUUGGGGAAUAACUGGUCUCUCCAUUUCAGCAAGUAAAAUUGUUUCUAUACCAGCUGGAACAUGUUCAAUCAUGAAAUAUUUUCAUGGCCAAGAUCCACCUGGCUCGUCAUCAAAGCAAUCACAGAAUGACCAUAUUGAAGAAGCUGCACCAUUGUCACCUUCAGGCAGCGGAAGCUAUUCAGAAAUGAAUUCAGCAGAGAAAUUAAUCGAGUUCACUGGUGAAGAUGUGAAGUUAGAAUAUGAGAUGCCUUAUUUAGAUCAACAAGAACACAGAAAGGAUUUUUCAGAGGACCAGAAUUCAUGUUGCUUGUCAACAAAGCAGGCACGAGAUGACCUCACUCAAGGAACUUUCCCAUCCUCAGGAACUGAAUGCUUUUCAGAAGUGAAUCAGAGUCAGCGACAAAGAGUUAUCCCUGUGAAAGGAUCUGGCAUUAGUUCUGCUGUGUCUAGUCCGAAAAAGUUAAAGCAGAAAAGAAACAAAUUGAAAGACAAGGGAGGAUAUUCAAUCUUGAGAUUCUUUAAAAACAACGACCCAUCAUGCUCGUCACAGAAGCGAGAACAUGUUGAAAAUAUAGAAGUCAAAGCAGCGUCCUCAUCUGCUGGAUUUCAAUUUAUAGGUAGUGACUGCUUAAAACUGAAUGAAGCUGAGCUGCCAAAGGAAAAUCCUGUUGAAGAACAAAGAAGAGAGGCAUGGAGUUACAAUGUGGACGAGAUCGAUCCUUCUGUAAUUGAUGAGCUACCUCCUGAAAUUCAGGAUGAAGUUAGGGCCUUGCUCAGACCUCAAAAGCGACCUAACAAUAACAUAGUCAAAAGAGGUUCCAGUAUUUGCCACUAUUUCUUACCAGCCAGAAAUGCAUAGAUUAAGCCCGCUGUCCUGUACAUAAGCCAUGUUCUAAACACAAGAAACAUCCUUCUGCUCCAUUCAUCACAAGAGUAUCUACCGUUAAUUUGUAAAGAAUAUUGAAAAGCCUAGUGGCUCUGUUAUAGAGGGUAUUUCUAAAUAUAUAAUUGUUAUUUAUUAUUAUGAUUAUUAUUAUUUCCCA